AUUGAUAAUGAAGUGAUAAAGUCAAUAAAGUACACCCACUUCGCUGAUUGUUUAAUUUUUCUAGCUUCGCGUUCUUGUUUUCGUGACUCCAGUCACUUCGUCCAAGAUUCUCAAGUUUCAUCUUUUCAUCGGUUCAAGUUUUUAGGACGUCCAUCGAAUUUACAGCUCCGAACGGGGUCGCGACUCAUUGCAGUAUCAUCAUUAUCUCUCUUUUAACAAAAUCAGAUUUGCAUUUCUGUCCCAAAAAUGUCCAACAAAGGCGGAGGAACUGAAAACAUUGGUUCUAGCUUGCUGUCCAAGGAAGAAAAUGAGCAACUGUUUUACCUUCUCGGACCUCGAUGUUUCACUCUGGCAUCAACUGUUGUGCAACUAUUCUCAACAAAAGGAUCAAAUGAUGUCGAAUGGCACAAGCAAGAAACUGGAGUGCUAUGUUUGGUUAAAGAUAAUCCAAGAAAAUCUUAUUUCUUUCGACUGUACUGCAUCAAUCAAAAGAUGCUUCUGUGGGAACAUGAAAUAUAUAACAGAAUGGAUUAUCUUGCCCCGCGACCUUUCUUACACACUUUCGAAGGGGAAAAUUGUAUCAUUGCCUUUAAUUUCGCCAGCACAGAAGAAGCAAGCAAAUUUCAUUCAAUUUUAAUAGCAAAAUUAGAAACGAAGAGACAAAGGAGAUUAGAAAAGAGAUCCAGGUCUGGUAAUCAAGUCCGACAUAUGACGCAACCUGUCCCUCGCACUACCAGCCUGAAUCAGCCAAGUUUAACAAAUGGCUCCAUGUCAUCCUCUCCCCAAUAUUUGAGUUCAGGAUCUAUCGGUCAAAUGAAAAAGAAGCACAAGGAUAAAAAACGAAAAACCAAAUUCACCAAGGCUGAUAUUGGUCUCCCCCAAAACUUUACUCAUGUUCAGCAUGUUGGAUGGAACCCAAACAGAGGUUUUGAUGUUGACAAUGUGGAAGACCCAAUAUUUCAAGAGUUUUUCGAGAAGGCUGGCAUCUCCGAAAAAGAUCUAGAACACAAGAAAACACGCGACUUCAUUUACAGCUUCAUCGAUUCCCAUGGUGGUGUGGAUGCAGUGAAGGAAGACAUCCGUAACCCGCCACCCCCUGUGCCUCGGAGGACGGUCCUAUCUGGUGGCAGUGGCAGGACAGCGCCUCCGUUACCUCCAUCACGCCUUCCUAUGGCGCCCCAAGUACCACCCCAUACCCCUCCUGCUCCACCUCCCCCUGUGCCAGAGCGAACUGUAGCACAGCAAACGCAGCAUAUGUCAAGAAUCUCGGAGGUGGUAGCAGCACGUCCAACGGAAGCAUUCGCUCCUCCUCCCCCACCACCACCCCCUCCACCAAUGGCCCCUCUAGUCACAGCUGCAGCCCCUUCAACAAGCUCAGUGCCUCCUCCACCUCCUCUUAUGCACAGAUCGGAAGGAGAUACACCUAGUAACUCAGUCGACCCUCACUCAGCGUUGAUGGAAUCAAUACGAACUGGAGCCAGGUUGAAACAUGUAGAAGCCGACACCGCUAGGCGGGUAGUGCCGGACACACGCAAUGAGUUGUUAGACCAAAUAAGACAAGGCGUUGAACUUAAAGCUGUCCAACCAGUCUCUAAGACAACUGCCUCUACUGUGCCACCGGAUAGUUUAGCGGGAGCAUUGGCCAAAGCUCUGGCUGAGCGAGCUCACGCUUUACAGAGUGACAGUGAUUCGGACUCAUCUUCUGAUGAUUCGGAUGAUGAUGAUGAAGAUUGGGAAGAAUGAUGAUAGUGACUUGUUGUUACUUAGUGAUGGUGAUGUUUCUUUGAGUGAACCGUUUAAUCUUAGGUGUUAUUUUCUCAUCUCUGAAUUACCUCCAUUAAGAAUUGCCGUCUGCCUCUUUGCAGCAUCGAGUUCACUAAAUGGUUUAGCCCCUAAAAAUACUUCUUCCACUGCUUUCUAAGUUUAUGAAUAAGAAUAAUGCAGUAGAAAGGGAUUCAAAAUUUUACAAUAAGAGAAACUCUUUUCAUUUUAUUUUCCACAGUGUUGAGCUGGUAACCUUGCGGAAAUGUAUUAUUAGCACUGUGGAAGCAGCGAAGGAGUCAACCAAGUUAAGAGUUGGUCAGAAAUAAUAAAACUAUCAAUUAUCUUGGUAUUGGUUAGGUUACCAAGUCAGUAAUGAAUGAUAAUUUCAGAACGUUUGUUUUAUUUGUAUGAGAGAAUCCCGUUUUUAUGUAUUCCUUCAACUUAUGUGACUUCUUGUUGCAUCAUGAGUUUUCUUUUAAAAUUUCAUGCAACAGUAUUCAUUGAUGUAAUGAAAUUUAAGUAGGAUUUUGGGAACCUAUUUUUAAGAUACCCAUAUAUUUUCCUGCUUGCCCUUAAUAUUUUCUCACCCUAGCUGCUUCUCUCUGAUCAACUCUGAAUUUUCAUCCAAAAUCUAAAAAUCCAAGCAAAAGAAACAAGUAUUGUCGUACAUAAUUCCUAGUUUGGAGAUAAGUCACGGAAUUGCUCAUUGCCCUCCAGAACAAAACUGCUGUAGCUUCAUUCAUUAUUUGCUCUAUUAUUUUUCAACAAAUAUUCAAUAAAUGAAAAGCAGCCAGUCAUACUUUUAAAAUGACUUUAUUGCAGCAUUGGAAACUCAAAAUAGAAAAAUGAGCUAUGAUGGUGAUUGGAGGAUUUUCUUUUCUUGAAGAAUUUAAUCUGGAAAAGGAAAAAUCUGAAUUUAAGUGACAGCGUCCUUGUUAUGGACCGUAGCACCGUGCGAUUAUACUCAUGUAAAAUGAAACUCAUCACACUAAAUUAGAAGAAUCUAGCACAAAUGUCAUAUGUGUCUUACUGUCUGUAAUGGUGCUCCUCAUAUCUAGUUACCAACCUCUUCUUUUAAUUUAAGGCCUCUCAUGUGGGCACUUAAAUUUUAAUGUAACUACUUAACUUGAUUAACGUGAAUAAUCCCCCGACUUUUUAUUUUUAUACAAACUGUAUUAUUUACUAUUAUUUGACAUGUAUUUAAGCGUUGUAAAUAGUGAAUCCUCAAUAUCUAAUACAUGUUAUACUUGUUAAGUGCCCUCUGCCUUUAAAAACAGACAAACUCUAAUUAUUGUCAUAAAAAAAAAGUAAAUUUUGUAAAUCAUAAUCAUUUAGUAAGAGUACUUAAAUGUGCACCAAAGAUGAUGUACAAUGAUAUAAUUGCUUUGCUUUAUGCACCAUUUAUAUCUAAAUAAAGUAGGAAGUAUUUUGUUGAAACAAAGCUUCUUUUGAGGAGUGUCUUCCCAGUACACUUAUGCAAAGAAAAUUGUAUACUUCUUUUCUCGGAAGAAUCAAAAUUCUUACAUAUCAGUGGUGCACCUCAGUACAAAAACACCGAUUUUGUUCCACACCUCUGAAACUUUUACGAAUUAAUUUAUUUUUCUCAAUUCUGAACACACUCAAUUCUGUUAUUCUCUCACAGAAAAUAAUGAUAAGAUUUUCCUUCCAAAUACCACUCCACAAAAAUUUUCAUAAAUAAAUAACGACGGUGAAACUAUCCAAUCACGUACCUCAGUUUGCGAUGUCGUGUUGCAGACUUCCUUUCAUACUUCAUUCUUUAAAUGGACUUAACGUCAAUUCUUGAAAAUUUUCGUGAUUUUUUUCAUAUUACAAAGCAAAUUCUGAGAAAACUUCAAGGAAUAAUGUGAUUUGUUCUUUUUAAAAAUUAAAUAAAAAUAAGGGCAGAGAUUUUUUGGUACAGGAAAUGAGAUACAUGGUUUGGGAGUUUCACCGUCGAUAUAAUUUAUCACACUUAUAAAUUCAAGGUAAAAUUUGGAAAUGACAUCGUCGAGUUAUGAAUGUUAUUGUACUUGUAUCAUUAUCUGAGCUUAAUCUAAUUAUACAGGUCUGUUAACAUUAAAUUGUUGAAUUUUAAGUGUCGAAAAGAGGGAUCAUGAAAAUUAAUCCAUUUUACUUUAGCUUUUGAGUAUUGUGCAAAACAAUACUUAAAGGAAAAAAAUUUUCUUCAUCUUCGAAAUGAUGACUUUUUUUUCAUGAGCGUGCUCAAGACUAAAAAUUUCUUAAUCCUUUAUGUAGAUGUAGUCCAUCUUUCUUGAGACUAGACAGUGAAACUGAGAAAAAAUUCAUCGAAGUUAGCGAUACAAUUCUUUUCAAAUUUCAGAAGUUUUGAAAUACUUUUUGAAUUUUUCAACUUAAAUCUAUAUUUUAAUAUUUAAUAACAGGUUUAAUCAGAGGACAUCAUUAGAACAUAGAAACGUUACUUUACAUCCAAUUCUGUUCGGUUUAUUUCUUUUUAAUUGCUCCUUUCAUGUUUUCCUCACCUGAAAUCAAAUAUUGUUGAGAUUUUCAAAAAAUUCCCUUUGAUUUUUGCAGCUUCUUCUCAGCAAAAAAAUUCCUGAUUUCGUCUUGAUUGUAUUUUAUUACAUUGAUUCUUACGGCAUUGUCCAAGAACCAGGAAAAUUUUUGACUCAUUGUCAAACAGCAUCUCGUUAACUGAAGUUUGACUCGUUUAGAUUCCACUGUAUUCUCACUGUCGCAUUCUACCAUAUGGGACAUCUAUUAUUGAGUUUAAUUUAUUUUAUGUAUUUAUCUCGCAUUGUAAAUUAUACUUUUAUAUUAAAUAUUUUUUUUAAUUAUUAAAUUAAUUUAUCGUUGAA